AAAAGAAAUGAUCUUAGAAGUAAUACCGCCCGGCUACACCCAUCAUAACCUAUAACUACUCUACGAUAUCUUAGGUCAUUAAGUUUGAUAUAAUCUGUGGACGCCCAUUCCAGAGGACCCUCACACCGCACCUCAUCGCUUUGCGUUUUUAACUGCUGUCCAUUCGUCCCUAACCAUCGGUUAUAAAAUAAAUCUAUUUUCCCAUCCUAUCAAUUGACAAUUUUAACUCCUGACACUAUUAUUUUUGUCUGACCGGUAUUAUAUAUAUCUGAAUCGGAGACCAACCAUCUAUCCAUUAUCCAUAGUUUAUCCCUAGCCACCACUACCUGAGCAUACCCAAGGACUCUCCCACCACACAGCACCGUCCGCACCCUCUCCGACCCCAUCCAUCAUCUUUACGUCUUAUGUCUAAUCCAUACGAUAACACUGCCAACACAAACAAGUCCACUGCCUACACCCACCCUUAUCCCGGAGUCCAUUACGUGCCCCACCAGCAGAUGCAGCAACCGGCACAACAAACCACGCUGAACCAGCAGCAGCAGGCGCAACUCCAGGACCACCAAUUGGCCCAGCACGCCAUCAAAGAUGCAUCCGGAGCCUACGACAUCCAGCCACGGUUCUACACCCUGCCCAUGGUGCUCCAGCAGCCGUCGUACUUCCCCCAGAACUCCCAGUACACCUUCAACCAGUCCAUUGUGUAUCCGCCCAACUUCCAGCAGCAGAUCCAGCAGCAGCAGGUACAGCAGCAGUUGCAGCAGGCCCAGGUACAGCAGGUGCAACAACAACAGCAGCAGUUGCAGCAGGCCCAGGUACAGCAGGUGCAACAACAACAGCAGCAGCAGCAGCAGCAGGUGCAACAACAGGUGCAGCAAGCACAGACCGCCCAGCAGCAGCAGUACUUCGACUCGAUGCCUGUCAACAAUUACAUGUUGAUACCGAACAACUCGUCCAACUACACCAAUUCCUCUGCAUCCACCAGCUACAACGGCGGCGUGCCCGCAGCUGCCGCCACCACCUCCAACGCCUCCAACUCCACUCCCAUUCCCGCAAACUCCUCCAUCAACAACUUCUACGCCAACAACUACUCCCAGCCAGUGCCGCCCCACCACAUGCCCCACCACCAGGUGGCGCCACCGCCCGCGGUGCACCAGCCAUCCAAGCCCGAUGCCUCCGGUGCUAGCGCUGGUGCCGUCGCCGCCAACGCGACGCCCGCCGUGCUCUAUCCCAACUUCCCCGAGCGCUUGCAGCAGCUCUUGCCAGCACCGCCCUUGUCCAGAGCCCCCACCCGUCCCGACAUGGCCCUCAGCAUGUCGCAGAAGCGGGCCAAGCGGAAGUCCAAGUUCUCCAAGUACCAGGACGAGUUGAUCUUCCUGCUCAAGAAGAAGGGCAAGUCGUGGGUCGAGAUCGCAGAGGCCUCCAACGUGGGCUCCUACCUAGCAGCCAGAAACCGCUACCAGGUCAUCGUGGGCCAGCAGGGUAAUAACAAUUCCUCCAGCUGGGACGUCCAGGACAAAGUGCAUUUGCAGCAGAUUCUCGAUGCUGGCGAAUUGGAGAAGUGGCGCUUCAUCAGCCUCGAGUUGAACAAGGCCACCAAAAAGAACUUCAGCGCUUCUGACUGUCGUGAGUUGAUCCGUCUCUUGUUCUGGUCGGAUCCAGCCCUGUUUGGCGUCACCGAAGACACCAUCAACGAGUGUCUCAAGGAAAAGAAGUUGACGGAAAAGAUCUUGGACCAGCGCGACCAGAGCAUGAAGAAAAAGUCCGACAAGUCCACCAGCGAGCAGGCGUACGUGGAGCCCAUGUUGAACGCGAAAAUCAACACCAAGGACAUCAAGAAGGAGGCCAUAGGCGUGGACGUGUCUGCUGGCACCAACAAGGGUCAGAACGCGCUCCACUACGGCCACGGAAGCAAUGUCAACGCCAACUACUUCACCACCACUGCCACCACCCAUCCCCAGACUUUGCCACAUCCCUACCAGCGUGGAAUUAACGGCACCACCUCCAACUACGGCCAAAAAUCGGGUGGGGGCUCUGCUGGCACCCCCUCGUCAGCUACAGCCAGCACCCAGUCCAACUCGUUAGGAAAUAACCCCAACCAGUACGCAGGGUACCCCAAGCACUACUACUAGCUCACAGCACACUUCAAUUCUGUUCAAUUCUCAUAAUGGCUAUUAUGUCUUCGGGCCUGCUUGCUUCAUGCAGCUAUGUAUGUUUGUAAUAUAUCAAGGCAGUCCUUUCAAUAAAAUGGUUUGACGGUAAGUUUAGUGCAACGAAAGGUUCACUCGUCUACUGUCGAUUACUAGCAUUUCUUCGAUUUUUGAAUUAACUAUAGAAACAGUAAUGUAUACGAUUU